AUGAUGAGAAUAUCCAUUUUCACUCUUCUUUUUCACAUCCUUUGUUUGCUGCUUGCACUAAACACCGCACCCUUACAUGCAAAUAAAGAAGAAGCUGAAGCUCUCUUACAAUGGAAGAUCAAUGGCCUAUCAUCUUCAUCAUCUACUUCUUUACUAGAUUCCUGGUCUGUCAACAACCUCACAAAUGUGUGCAGUUGGGAGGGCAUCAUCUGCAACUCCGCUAGUUCUGUUUCAGAGCUGAAUCUUCCUCAUGGAAACAUCAGAGGUACACUUGAUUCACUUGCUUUUUCCUCACUUCCUAAUCUUACUCGCAUCAAUCUCAACAACAAUAUUUUGAGCGGAGUGAUAUCAUCUGCUAUCUCCAGCCUCCUUAAGCUCACUUUUCUGGACUUGAGCAAUAACAACUUCACGGGGGUAAUACCUGUAGAGGUUGGGCAGUUGACACAGCUCAGGUACUUUAGUUGUUUCAGAAACUUUCUCGAGGAUGUGAUUCCUUUUGAAAUUAGCAAUCUUACAAACCUGAGGUACUUGGAUCUGGGAGUGAAUAAUCUGAAAACUCCGGAUUGGUCUAAAUUCCAUGCUAUGCCUUUGUUGUCGCAUCUCAACCUCCGUGCUAAUGACUUCACUUUGGAUUUUCCAGAAGACUUGAUAACAAGUUGCCCAAACCUGUCUUACCUUGACUUGUCAAAAAACCAUUUUACCGGCCAAAUUCCAGUGUCUGUAUUUUCCAAACUACAGAAGCUGGAGCAUCUUGAUCUUGGUAACAAUUUCUUCCGAGGACUUUUUCCUAUUAGUCUUACUAACUUGUCCAGUCUUAAAUUUCUUCGCCUUUCAUACAACAACAUUUCUGGUACAAUUCCACAUGAAAUUGGCUCCAUCACCCGUCUUCAAGUACUGAAAUUGUACAAUAAUUCAUUUCUUGGGAAUAUUCCACCUUCCAUCGGAAGCCUGAAACAUCUUCAAUACCUAUUUCUAGGGUAUAACUUUCUAACAGGGGAGUUGCCUCCUAGCUUGUCAAAUAUUUCCAAACUAGUUAAGUUAGAUCUAUCUUCCAAUAUGCUUUCAGGUGAGUUAGUACCACACCUCAUUGCCAACUGGACACAAUUAACUUUCUUGUAUCUAGAUAGCAAUAAUUUCUCUGGAAGAAUCCCCUCUGAAAUUAGUUUAUUGACACAACUUCAAUAUCUUGUCCUGUCUUGGAACCAGCUUUCAGGUUGCAUUCCCUCAAACAUUGGGAAUUUAAAAACGUUGUCUAAACUUCACCUUGAGAAAAACAACCUCUCUGGUCGAAUUCCUUCAACCAUUGGAAAUUUGUCAGAGCUUGUUUUGCUACAGCUUUCAGAUAACUUUCUUAGUGGAUCAAUACCACUAGAAGUUGGACAUUUAACAUCACUAUCUGGUGUUUACAUAAAUUCCAACUUGCUUCAUGAACCUGCAGAUACCUUAUCAAUCUUUUGCAAUGUCACGUCCCUUUUAUACCUCUCUCUAGGUGUCAACAAAAUGAAUGGACUUAUUCCAAAAUGCUUCGGAAACACAAGUCUAAAUUUUCUGGAUCUUGCUGAGAAUCAGUUUCAUGGAGGUAUUCCAGAAUCACUGUGCAAUGCAUGCUACCUUCAAUUUCUUGCCUUGUCAAGUAACAACAUGAGUGGAGUAAUUCCAAAGUGUGUGGGAAAUUUUAGCAAUCAACUCUUAGUCUUGUAUCUUGACCAAAAUAAUUUUGAUGGGCCAAUGCAUAGAGAGUUUUGUAGUAGUUCAACUCCUUUCACAAUCCUAACCUUAUCUGAUAAUUCUUUGAGUGGUGUUAUUCCUCCAUGUUUGGGAAAUCUAAGCACAACUUUGUCAAAACUCGAUUUAAGCAUGAAUAACUUUCAUGGAAACAUUCCAGCACAAGUGACAAUUGGUGAUGCUCUCCAUGAACUCAACUUGGAUCAUAAUGAAUUUGAAGGGCCUUUACCUCGCACUCUCAUCAACUGUACUCAUCUCCAAGUUCUAGAUGUUGGAAACAACAGGCUGAAUGACUCAUUCCCACACUGGUUAGAUGCUCUUCCACAUUUGGUAGUGCUUGUCUUAAGAUCAAAUCAUUUUCACGGAGUGAUACGCAAUCCUACCACUAGGCAUCCAUUCCCUAUGUUGCGGGUUUUUGAUCUCUCCAACAAUCACUUCACCGGACCUUUUCCUGGAUAUUAUUUGCUGCAUUUUACUGGUAUUACAAGUAAAACUAGUUCUGAUCUACAAGAUCAGAAGCCUCCGUGA